GGGGAAAGUGUCCGCGUAUCACUCCGCCGCGGUCACCAUGGAAACGGUUUACACGGAACUACUUGCGGAAGUUCCUCCGUUUUAAUUUCGAUCCGUCGAUUUGCCGGUGGCGGGCGGACAAAACUCGAUCGGGACGGCGAGAGUUUUUUUUUCGACGUGUAAAAAUCGGUCGGCUUUGAAAUUUUCCGAAUCGCCAAGAUCCAGCCUCGAGAGUCCCCGGUUUUUACGAACGAUUCCAAAUUCUGCCGUAGAUACACGUCCAAGUCGAAUCAGGUUCGACUGGAAUCUUCUUCUCGUGGAAUCGUCCUCUAUUCGUAAGAAGAUACUCGCGCUUUUCGAUGUUUAAUCGUGAUCGGGAUCAGAGCAGAGGCCGUCGUGGUGGCACUAGCAGAGGAGGCAGCGAUAAUGGACGUGGACAGAUUGCUAGCAGAUUUCCAACACUCGGCAGGGGAAGUGCUAGUAAUGUACGAGGUGGAUUAAAGGGAAAGCAACCUGGUGGUGGUUUAAGGAAAGUGAACUGGGAUCUUCGUACUUUAGAACCAUUACGCAAAGAUUUUUAUAUAGAGCAUUCUGCGGUCAGAAAUAGGUCUAAUGAAGAAGUUAAUCAAUUUCGUAAGACUGCAGAAAUAACUGUAAAAGGAGAAAAUGUUCCUAAUCCUGUACAAUACUUUGAAGAGGGAAAUUUUCCACCCUAUGUAAUGGAGAGUAUUCGUAGACAAGGAUACUCACAGCCUACUCCAAUUCAAGCGCAAGGUUGGCCUAUUGCUCUCAGUGGUAGAGAUCUUGUUGGAAUUGCUCAAACUGGUUCCGGAAAGACACUUGGAUACAUUUUACCUGCAAUUGUGCAUAUCAUACAUCAACCACGCUUAACCAAUGGAGAUGGUCCAAUUGUCUUGGUCUUAGCUCCAACUAGAGAAUUAGCUCAACAAAUUCAAGAAGUAGCUAAUUGCUUUGGAGAAACUGCAGCUGUUAGAAACACAUGUAUUUUUGGUGGUGCGCCAAAAGGACCACAAGCACAUGAUUUGGAGAGAGGCAUUGAGAUAUGCAUUGCUACUCCAGGUAGACUUAUAGAUUUCUUAGAGAGAGGGACUACAAAUUUACGUAGAUGUACGUAUCUAGUGCUUGAUGAAGCAGAUCGUAUGUUAGACAUGGGAUUUGAACCUCAGAUACGAAAAAUAAUUGAGCAGAUACGUCCCGACAGACAAGUUUUAAUGUGGUCAGCGACGUGGCCUAAAGAAGUGCGUGCUCUUGCGGAGGAUUUCUUGACGGACUAUGUUCAUCUUAAUAUCGGCUCUUUGACUCUAUCGGCCAAUCACAAUAUCACUCAGAUCAUCGACGUUUGUCAGGAGUAUGAGAAAGACUCGAAGUUGUAUAGAUUGCUUCAAGAAAUUGGUACUGAAAAAGAAAAUAAAACUAUUAUAUUUGUGGAGACUAAACGUAAAGUGGACGAUAUCACGAGAAAUAUUAGACGUGAAGGAUGGCAAGCCCUGAGUAUUCACGGUGACAAAAAUCAACAGGAAAGAGAUCACGUGUUACAAGAAUUCCGGAGUGGAAGAGCACCGAUAUUGGUUGCGACCGAUGUAGCUGCUAGAGGUUUGGACGUGGAUGAUGUGAAAUACGUGAUAAAUUUCGAUUAUCCAUCCUCAUCGGAAGACUACAUACAUAGAAUCGGUCGAACCGGACGUAGACGACAAACUGGAACGGCAUAUGCUUUUUUUACGAGCCACAAUAUGAAGCACGCCGGAGAUUUGAUAGAAGUGUUACGAGAAGCUGGACAGAAUGUUAAUCCACGUCUCAGUGAAAUGGCAGAAAUGGCCAAGGCUGGAAAUUUCAGCGGCAGAGGUGCAAAACGUUUCGGCACUUCUGCUGGUAAUGGGACUGAAAGAGGUAAUAGUCGGAGAGGAAAUAACGAUGCUAGAGGAAGAGGAGGUACUUCGACAAGAGGAAGAGGUUCUUCUCGUGGUGGAAGUGCUUAUCAAUCUUCUUCGACUGUUUAUACAGGGUCGGAUUAUAAUAAUUAUAGCAGUAUGAAACAAAGCUCUUCUUUAGGUCAGCAAAGCAUGGCAUAUGGAUAUACCACGCAGAGAAGCUAUGGACAGGGAAGUGUGCCUCAAAAUUAUGGGGGUGGCGAUAACUAUGGAAACAGUUAUCCAUACAGAAGCACAACUUAUUAAUUUCUUAUAUGAUCAAUAAUAUGUAAUAAUCUUUUCGAUGAUGUUUAAAAUGUGUCAUGUUUAGUUAUAGUGAAUUUGUUUGGAUGCACAGAUUAAGGUCUGACAUAAAAGUUAUAAGUAAUUAAGAAAAAUGCAAAAAACAAGGAAUAAUAAAUUACAUAGCAUAAAGAAAAACAUUGAUAUGAUAGUGUAUAUCACACUAUAUUAUCAAGUGAAUAAUAGUCGAUUAAUGUUUGUAAGUCGACAAUUUAUUUGUCAAUUUAUAUGUUUAAUAAUGUAUUUGUUGCAUAUAGUGAGUCCAUCCAUUUACAUAUUUAACACAAUCAGUAAAGCUAAAGAAAGCUUUGAAUUUUUUGCCGAUUUUAAUGCAUUUACAGCUAACUUUACAAAUUAACAUAUUUAAUAAGAAUGAGUUCCUAUAUAAUAUUAAGAUGCAAUGACUCAAAAGUCAAAAUCGUAAUUUUUCUUUGUUUAAAUUAUUAUAUAUUUUAUUUUACAUAUGCAAUAA